CAGGAUGUUUAUUUCGCCAAAUUGUUUACACUUGACUGUGGUUAUGUUAAGGCUAGUAAACAAGGAAGCUGUGGAUGCAGCUCAGGAUAUCCUUAAGGAGUAUUUCUGCGAGUGUGAUUUAUGCUUUGGAUAACCGUCCUGUCUUCAUACGACUUAAAGGAUUGAGUUCUAUGAAUGGAUCUUUAGAGAAAACCCGCGUGCUUUAUGCACCUGUUGAAGAAGUUGGGGAUGAAGACCGGCUGCUAAGGGCUUGUCAUACUAUCAUUGAUGCAUUUGCGAAUGCUGGAUUUGCUGGGAGAGAUGCAAAGCUACACUUGAAGCUACAUGUCACGCUGAUGAAUACAACCUAUAGAAGGGAUGAAAGGAAAUCAAAUACAUUUGAUGCACGAGAGAUACACAAAGAGUUUGGGGGAAAAGAUUGGGGUGAAUAUCUAAUCAGAGAAGCUCAGAUCUCAAAGAGGUUUUGGUAUGACGCGGACGGCUACUUCCAUUGCUGUGGUUCACUACCUUUCCACAUUAAGUGAAACUGAAAAGGAUCAAUAUCCACUCCGCAGAUUCUUUGUCCGGACUCUGAUCAGGAGUGGUAAUGUCAAAUAUGUAAUACAUGUGUGUGUGUAUGUAUCCAACCAAUCAUAGCAAUUGGUAACUGUGGC